UCACAUUCCAUUCUCAUGGCUUCUUCUUCAUAUCACACCCAAUUACACGUCUUCACGAGCUUCCACGGACCAGAUGUCCGCAAAACAUUUCUCAGUCAUUUACGCAAACAGUUUAAUUCCAAUGGGAUCACGAUGUUCGACGAUAACCAAGGGAUCGAGAGAGGCCAAACCAUUGACGAGUCUCUCAUACGAGCGAUUAGAAACUCGAGGAUCGCGAUCGUCUUGCUCUCGAAGAACUAUGCUUCUUCCAGCUGGUGUUUAGAUGAACUGUUGGAGAUCUUGAAGUGUAAAGAAGAAUUAGACCAGGUAGUGAUGACUGUCUUCCACGGAGUAGAACCUUCCGAUGUUCGCAAACAAGGCGGAGAAUUUGGGAAGGCUUUCGAUAAAACUUGUGAUGGUAGACCAGAGGAUCAUAGGCAAAAAUGGAGCCAAGCUUUGACCUAUGUGAGCAAAAUUGCCGGACAAGACUUCCAAAAAUGGGGGAAUGAAGUGGACAUGAUUGAUGAGAUUGCAAGUGAGGUUUCAAGCAUACUAAACCAUCCACCGUCUAGUGAUUUUAAUGGAAUGGUUGGACUAAAAACUCAUUUGAGGGAGAUUGAGUCGUUGCUAGAUUUAGACAAUGAUAAAGCUAAGUUUGUUGGAAUCUCUGGUCCUGCAGGCAUUGGUAAAACUACCAUUGCUAGAGCUUUAUAUCCUCGACUCUCUAGUAAGUUUGAUCGUUAUUAUUUUGUGGACAACCUUCGGGAAUUCCGUAGUAGUGGUGUUGAUAAGUAUAUUUGUGAUGAAUAUCGUUUGAAGCUUCAUUUUCAUGAGGAUUUUUUUUCAAAAGUUUUGAAAGAAACUGAUAUGAAAAUAGGGCAUUUAGGUUUCCUAAGAGAGAGGUUUCGAUAUCAAAAGGUUCUAAUGAUUCUUGAUGAUGUGGAGAGUUUAGUUCCACUAGAGGCUUUGGCUUGGGAUAUUCCGUGGUUUGGUCCUGGAAGUAGGGUCAUUGUGGUCACUGAAAACCAAGAGAUUUUGGAUCAACGUCGUAUUACUGAUAUCUACAAAGUGGGGUUUCCAUCUGACCAAGAAGCUCUAAAGAUUUUUUGUUUAUAUGCUUUUGGAAAAACCUCUCCUCCUGAUGAUGGAUUUAAGAAUCUUGCGACCGAAGCUGCAAUGAUUUGUUGCAAUCUUCCACUGGGGCUGCAUGUUUUGGGGUCAUCAUUGCGGGGAAAGAGCCAAACUGACUGGAAAGAUGAACUACCAACGUUGAAAAGUGGUCUUGAUAGCAGAAUUGAGGGUCUAUUGAAGGAAGGCUAUGAAAGUUUAGAUAAGUAUGAACAAAGAGUAUUUCUCGUGAUUGCAGUCUUCUUCAAUCAUGAACAUAUUGAUCAUGUGAUAUCCAUGCUGGGGUAUUAUGGCAAUGUAAAAAAUGUUGAAGAUGGAUUGGAAACACUAGCCAGUAAAUACCUCAUACAGAUUGAUCACGACAAUGGACAGAGAGUUGUAAUGCAGGGUUUUCUACGAGUUAUGGCUAGAGAAAUCAUUUCCAGACAAGAGCUUUUGAACCGUUGUAUUCUAGUAGAUACCCAUGAGAUUUGUGAUGUUCUAGAAAAGGCAGAAGGUGAUGCUCGACCAACUGUAUUAGGUAUAUCAUUUAACGUAGCCGAGAUCGACAAAUUAAUAAUAAACGUGGACGCUUUUAAAAAACUGAGGAAUCUUAGGUUCUUGAAAGUCUACGGAUGGAGGCCUACCCGAGAAAGACAAUUGCACAUUCCAAAGGAGAUGGAGUACUUUCCACCCCUACGGUUACUAGAUUGGUAUGCAUACCCAAGAAAUACUCUUCCGCUAAGGUUUCGGCCAGAAUAUCUCAUUGAACUCCACUUGGUACGUAGCAAACUCGUGAAGAUAUGGUGGGGAAUUCAGCCACUUCCAAAGCUCAAGAUUAUGAAUCUCUUAAGGUCAUCUCGUUUAAAGGAACUCCCAGAUCUUUCACGCACUCCAAACCUGGAGAGAUUGGAUCUAUCUUUUUGCACUGCUUUGGUAGAGCUUCCGUCCUCAAUUUCUCACCUUCCUAAACUAAAUUCUUUAGCGAUGAAUUCAUGCAGAAGUUUAGAAGUCAUUCCAACUCUCGUCAACUUGCCAUUUCAUGAAUCUAUCAGCAUAACUGGAUGCUCACGACUGAAAAGUUUUCCAGAUUUUCCGGCCAACAUCACAAAACUGGUUAUAACAGACACGGCAGUAGAAGAGAUGCCUAUAUCAAUUAGGCAGUGUUCCCGUCUGGAGUAUGUUGAUGUAAGUAACAGUAGAAAUCUCAAGAGCUUAGCAAACCUCCCCAAAAGUGUAGCACAUCUAAAGCUAAGCAAUAGCGGUAUUGAGAAGAUUAUGGAUUGCGUUGAAGAUUUGCUUAAUCUACAAGUCCCUGAUGUAUCAGGCUGCAAAAGACUCGUGUCAUUGCCAGAGCUCCCCCGUUCGCUCAAACGUCUAAUGGCAAAUGAUUGUGAUGCACUGGAGAGAGUAAGUAGCCCUUUAAACAUUCCAGAUGCAGAGCUCGAUUUCACCAACUGCUUCAAAUUGGGUCGACAAGCUAUUAUUCAACAAUCUUUUGUUCACGGGUGGGCUCUCUUACCAGGAAGAGAAGUACCUGCAGAGUUUGAUCACCGAGCCAGAAGAAAGACCUUAACAAUUCCUCAUUCUGCUUUCGACAGAUUUAAGGUUUGCGUUGUGAUUUCACCAAUUCAUUACGAAGCCAGAGAAUUUAUAGCUUCAGAACUUUUGUAUCGUUGCAUAGCCAGAGGAAACACAGUAGUUAACUCUGCUGACAUGAAGUUCAACCUAUCCGAUGUCUCCAAAUUUCGAGAGGCACAUCUGUUUUUAUUUCAGGCUGACUUGUCAUUUACCGACCCUUCUGAAGUGAUCAGAGAGAUAGUGAUCCAGUUCAGCACCAGUGACAAUGUUUUCAGCAUUCUUGAAUGUGGUAUCCAAAUCUUGACAGACGAAAGCGACGAUAGCAACGAUAGCGACGAUAGCGACGAUAGCGACAAUGGGAGAUCUAAAGGCUGGCAGUGUUCUAAAAUAGUCCUAUGCGUCUAAAGACAGAAAUUUUUUUGUUUUCUUUCUUAUUUUCUCGAUGAUAAAAAUGAGUAGACCGUGACGACGAAUUUGUAUAAAGAAAACGUCUGAAUAUUAAGA